AUGAAUGUGUCCGCUGCCAAUGUGACAAUGGUUUUAGAUUAUAGGGACCCCUUCACCAAAGCUGUGAUCAAGAAUGUCAUUGUUGUGGUCCUUAGCAUUUCCAUCAACUACAUCAAUGCAGGAAUAAUUCAUACCUUCAGUGAACACCAGAUCUUCUACACAAAUCCUCGCUACAUCCUGUUUGUCCACUUGGUUAUCAAUGACAUGAUCCAGGUGUCACUGACUGUUGCACUUUUCAUCAUUAGCUACAUCCUGUACAAGAUACAGGUGUUUGUGUGCUGCAUCUUAAUGCUGAUUGCCCUAUUCACCACUGAAAACACCCCGCUGAACCUGGCCUGCAUGGCGGUGGAGUGCUACAUCGCCGUCUGCAUCCCUCUCCGUCAUGCUCAGAUCUGCACAAUCAAUAGAACGCGGCUGCUGAUUUCUUUAAUCUGGACCACCAGCCUGUUGUCUGUUCUCCCCGAUCUCUUCAUUACCUUGGCCACGGAGCCACUGGACUAUUUUAAUUCACGUGUGUUUUGCCUCAGGGAAACAGCUUUUCCAAAUCCCAGAAUCAUCGAGAAGAGAAAUAUUACCUAUAUUGUAUAUCUCACUAUAGUAUGGUGCAUUAUCUUUUACAUUUAUUUCCGGAUAAUAUUCACAGCUAGAAUAGCAAGUAAAGAUGCAAAAAAGGCGAGGAACACAGUCCUCCUCCAUGGGUUUCAGCUUCUGUUGUGUAUGGCAACGUAUGCAGAACACCUGUUGAAACAGGCGUUGUUGAAAUGGUUUCCUAAGUAUUAUUCAGACUCUCUCUUUGCUUGUUAUAUAAUUUUCCAAAUACUACCAAGAUCUAUUAGUUCAAUUAUCUAUGGCAUGAGGGAUAAAACAUACAGAAAGCACAUAAAAGGGUAUUUACUUUGCAAAAUUUUCAACAUGAAUCCUCGGUAUAUCCUUUUCAUCCACACGGUGGUCAAUGACAUGAUCCAGGUGACCCUGGCCAUCAGCUUGUUCAUGAUCAGCUACACCAUCUACAAACUCCAUGUUUCAGUGUGCUGCAUCCUGGUCCUACAUACUCUCUUCACCACUGAAAACACCCCGCUGAACCUGGCCUGCAUGGCGAUGGAUUGCUACAUAGCCAUCUGCAUGCCCCUGCGUCACAUUCAGACCUGCACUGUGAAGAGAACACUGAUGUUGGUGGGAUUAAUCUGGGCGACCAGCCUCCUGUCGGUCCUUCCUGACCUGUUUAUAACAUUGGCCACAGAACCGCUGGAUUUCUUUCACUCCCAAGUAUUUUGCAUCAGACAAACGGCCUUCCCAAAUGUGCUCCUUGUUAAAAAGAGAGAUAUCACAUAUUCAGUGUUUUUAGUUUUACUUUGGUUUGUCAUCUUUUUAUCUAACUUUAAGAUCCAGUUCACUCCAAAAACAGCAAGCAAGGAUGCAACUAAAGCCAGAAACACAGUUGUCCUGCAUGGGUUUCAAGUGGUGCUUUGUAUGACUACAUACGCAGCUCCUCUCCUUAAAAAUGUUCCGCAGAAGCCGUUCGCCCUAAACUAUAAUGACUCUCUCUUUGCCUUCUACAUCAUCGUGCAGGUCAUGCCACGAUCCAUUAGCCCCAUCAUAUUCGGUGUGCGAGACAACAUGUUCAGGAAGUACCUAAAAAGGUAUGUGUCAUGCAAAUUCAGUCAGAAACCAUUCAGAACUUUGAGAGCUUUUUAG